UACAUUUAUUCUUUCUUGUGUUUUGUUUCUUCAUUUGUGAUUGUUUGUAUUGGUGGUGGUGUUGGUGUUUGCUGCGUUUGCGGGAAUUAUGCUCGUCUAGCUGCGUCGGCAAGUCGAGCAUUCAGUCCGCUCCAGACGAUCCAUAGUGUUAGAUCGCUUUAGGAAGCCCGUCGUACCCGCACAACGCGCCAGGGUUGAUGGGGUUUGAGGCAGAAUAAAUUCGCCUUAUUUUUUAAUUUUGAAUAGUUUCGUGUUUCCUAUUCCGUUCGUUAUGUAGUUAAACGAAAAAAAAAAAAAAUAAUAUUAGCCAAAUAAAUGAAUGUUUAAUAAACGAUAAAUAAAUACGUGGACUUUUUUAUAUUUAGUUGUUUUUUACUUUAUUAUUACUUUUAAUUAAAUCUACGAACUGAACUAAGUGGCAACGAUUAAAAAGCUGUUGACUGUUUAAUUAAAAAAGUUGGAUAAAGUGAGAAAGGAGCGCGUGCAUUGAGCGUUGGGCAUGAUGGAGCCCCACUGGAAGCGGCUUAUUUUUGCCGCUACAAUAGCAGGAGCGUUACUAGGCGCGAAUGCGCAAUUUUGGAAAACUGCCGAUACUGGUGCAAUUUAUAGUCCACCAAAACAUUAUAGAGAUGAAUCGACGCCUCCGCGAACACCGAUUGAUGACAGCUAUGCGAUAAUAGAUACCGUUGGAACAAAUCGAAACGGACCGCCAAGAAAUUGUACAUCCGGCACAGUGGGUUGCAUUCCGAAAUGUUUUGCUGAAAAGGGUAAUCGAGGUUUCCCUGGUGAAGCGGGUCCACCCGGUCCUAAAGGUAUGUCUGGAUAUCCAGGACCUGAAGGCCCACCUGGCGAUAAAGGACAAAAAGGCGAUCCCGGUCCAUUAGGUCCACGCGGUUACAAAGGCGAACGCGGUGUACCCGGUAUUCCUGGUAUGCCUGGUGUGCCUGGUGUACAAGGUAUUUCUGGUAAUCCCGGUGCUACGGGUGCUCCUGGUAAAGACGGUUGUGAUGGUCAAGAUGGACUUACUGGUCUGCCAGGCCUUAGCGGAAUGCCCGGUCCACGCGGUUAUCCAGGUCAGCCAGGUGUUAAGGGUGAGAAAGGUGAGCCGGCAAAAGAAAAUGGAGAUUACGCUAAAGGUGAAAAGGGAGAACCCGGUUUUGCUGGUCGUUCGGGCAAUCCUGGUCCGGAAGGUCAACAGGGUCCUAAAGGUGAUCGUGGUGAUACUGGACCAUAUGGUCCACCAGGUCCACGUGGUGAUCGCGGUAUAAAAGGUGACAAAGGUGCGCCAUGUUUUGCACCACCACAGCCCGGUAAAAAGGGUGAUAAAGGUGAAAAGGGUGAACCGGCUUCUGUGAAACCUUCAACCGGUGAGAAAAGCAUUAUUGGGGAAAAGGGUGAGAGAGGUGAAAAAGGCGAACCAGGUUUACCUGGCAAGAAAGGUGAAACCGGAUUAAAAGGAGACAUGGGACGAGACGGUUUGAAAGGUGAAAAAGGUUUACCUGGUGGUCCUGGUGGAAGAGGACGGCAAGGAAAUUUCGGCCCUCCUGGUCCAACAGGCCAGAAAGGUGAUCGAGGUGAGACCGGUUUAAAUGGUUUGCCUGGCAAACCUGGUUACAAAGGUGAACCUGGACGUCCUGGAAAACCUGGUGAACGUGGAUUACUUGGUCCUCCAGGUCCACCUGGCGGUGGCCGAGGCUCCCCUGGUGCACCGGGUCCUAAAGGUCCCCGAGGUUAUACUGGUGCCCCCGGCCCUAAAGGAUUGGAUGGUGUUGAUGGCCUUCCUGGUCCACAAGGUUACCCUGGCCCAAAGGGCGGCCUAGGUUUACCUGGUCGUCCCGGUGUUGAAGGUCCUCCUGGAGAGAAAGGAGAAAAAGGUAAUGCCGGUCGUACAGGUCCAUCAGGUCCCGUUGGACCUAUGGGGCACACUGGUCCACCAGGUCCAGAAGGUCAAAAAGGUGAACCCGGAUUUCCUGGAAUUGGUGAAAUGGGUCCUAAAGGUGAUGAUGGUACUCCCGGUAUCCCCGGUCUUAAAGGACAAAAGGGAGAACGGGGCUUCAAAGGAAAUGCUGGAGCACCAGGUGAUUCUAAGUAUGGACGACCUGGAUCUCCAGGUCGCGCUGGAGCACCUGGUCAAAAAGGUGACCAAGGACGACCUGGUAGUCCCGGACUGAAAGGAGAUAUGGGUCCAAAAGGAGAUGCUGGAGGCAAAUGCUCACAAUGUCCCGCCGGCUUUAAAGGAGAUAAGGGUGAUCACGGUUUAGAUGGUUUGCCUGGUGAACCCGGUUUGCGUGGUCCUCCUGGUGCUACCGGUGCGCCUGGAGAACGAGGUGCUGAUGGAAUUCCUGGUAAAGAUGGACCACCCGGUUUAAAGGGUGAAGAUGGCAGAGACGGUUUACCUGGUCCCGAAGGACCUCCGGGUAAAGAUGCAAUAAUCGACUUAAGUCUUGUAAAGGGUGAGAAAGGUGAAAAGGGAGAUAGAGGUUACCCUGGUCCAGUUGGAUUGAAGGGUGACCGUGGUGAGGCGGGUUUGCCUGGAAUAAGUGGUUCCAAAGGCGAAAUAGGUGCUAAGGGUGAUAAGGGUUAUGCUGGACAACCUGGUACAGAUGGUACCCCUGGUAAUCCCGGUCGCGACGGAAUUGACGGUCUUCCAGGUAUCGACAUUAAGGGCGAACCAGGCCGACCAGGUCGUGACGGAAUUAAGGGAGACAAGGGAACUGGAGGCUAUCCUGGACAGAAGGGUGACCCAGGAACUUGUGACGCUGACGCAUUGACAGUACCAGCUAAAGGAAACAAAGGUGACCGAGGAGCACCAGGAAUGCCAGGACCAAUGGGUCCAAUUGGCGAUACGGGAGAUCAGGGAGAACAGGGACAAAAAGGUGAGAGAGGUCCACAAGGCCCAGUAGGUCCUGUGGGUCCACGCGGUUUGACUGGCCCUCGUGGUGAAAAGGGUAAUCCUGGAGCUAUGGGCGCCCCCGGUAAUCCUGGCAAAGACGGUCUAAGAGGACCCCCUGGACGAAAUGGAGAGCGUGGACAAAAAGGUGAACAAGGUAUAGCUCUGGCUGGUCCACCUGGUCCACGAGGACGUGAUGGUCUGUCUGGUGAAAAAGGAGAUCGUGGUAUUUCUGGUCCAAUUGGGCCGCGAGGUCCGGAUGGAGCGAUUGGUUAUCCUGGUGAUAAAGGUGAUGCGGGUUUGCCUGGACCAACGGGACAGACUGGACCUGUUGGUCCAAAGGGUGACACGGGACCACUUGGACCAAGUGGACCUCCUGGACCCCCCGGAAAACCUGGUGUAGAUGGAGUUCAAGGUCGCGAUGGAGCUAAAGGAGAACCUGGAAAUCCUGGUUAUGUUGGUAUGCCUGGAAUCAAGGGUGAACGUGGAGCACCAGGAAAUGAUGGACCUAAAGGCUUUACAGGCGCUCCUGGAUCCCCAGGCAAGCGUGGUUCUCCUGGUCCAGAGGGCAUUCCUGGUAUGAAGGGAGACAAGGGCGAAGUUGGUUUAUCUGGCAAUGAUGGUGCAACUGGACCUAGAGGACCUCCAGGAGCACCUGGUUUAAUGGGCUCUAAAGGUGAUAUUGGCCCGCAAGGACCUCCUGGAACUGAUGGCCGUCCUGGUUUCGAUGGAGAAAAAGGUUCCACAGGCGCACCUGGUUUCGAUGGUCCUCAAGGAUUACCUGGUGAUGCGGCUGAAAAAGGACAAAAGGGAGAACCUGGUUUACCUGGCUUGCGAGGCGAAGAAGGUCGUCCCGGUGCAGCCGGAUUUCCUGGCGAGAAAGGCUUCCCUGGUAUACCCAUUCACGGACUUCCUGGAGCGAAGGGUGACAAAGGAGAUCGUGGUCGCGAUGGUAUCGACGGACUUAAUGGUGAACCUGGAGAAAAAGGCAAUGCUGGCUUCAAUGGCUUAAAUGGACCAAAAGGUGAUAAAGGUGAAAUGGGCUUACCGGGUGCCAUAGGAGCUCCUGGUUUGGAAGGAAGACCUGGUGAGCCAGGUGCACCUGGUCCAAUUGGCUAUACUGGCGCUAAAGGAGACAAGGGAGAUACUGGUCCCAUAGGUGCAGAAGGUCUUAAAGGUGAUAAAGGUGCUACUGGUUAUCCUGGUCUAGCUGGAGCUCCCGGUCUCAAGGGUGAAAGAGGUUUCCCAGGACAAAAUGGACGUGACGCAGUGCCAAUUACAAUUAAGGGUGAUAAAGGAGAAAUGGGUGAAUUCGGAGUUGAAGGCUUGCAAGGUCCUGUGGGUCCCAAAGGUAAUCAAGGUUUACCUGGCUUAAUUGGUCAAAAGGGAGAGCGUGGCUUAACUGGUGCAGUGGGUAUGCCUGGUUUGAAUGGCGCUCCAGGAUUAAAAGGUGAUCAAGGUCUUAUGGGUGAACCUGGUGCACCUGGACCAGCAAUCAAAGGAGAAAAGGGUCUGCCUGGAGCAUCCGGAAGAAACGGACGCGAAGGAGCUCCUGGCGUACCUGGUCAGAAGGGCGAAAAGGGUCUACCUGGUCUCGCAGGUGUGCCCGGUUUAAUUGGUUUACCUGGACCAGUGGGCCCAUCAGGUCCUAAGGGAGAUCGAGGAGUAAUGGGAGUGCCCGGUCGUGACGGUGCUGAUGGCUUACCUGGUCAAAACGGUCAAAAAGGUGACAUGGGCUUCCCCGGUCCGAAAGGUGAACGAGGCUUGGCUGGUUUUGAAGGGCAAAAGGGAGACAAAGGCGAACGAGGUAUGCCUGGUCCGCAAGGCUUAGUUGGUCGCAAUGGAAUGAAAGGUGAUCGCGGCUACCCAGGUUUAGAUGGAAUACCUGGACCAGUAGGAGCACCUGGUGAGAAAGGUUUGACUGGACCUAAGGGUCGAGAUGGACGCGAUGGUAUACCUGGAGCACCUGGUCAAAAGGGUGAACCAGGUUUAGUACCACCACCAGGUCCUAAAGGAGAACCAGGUCAUCCCGGAUACGACGGACAAAAAGGAGAACGUGGACCACCUGGCCCACGUGGUUUAACUGGUCUACAAGGUGAACGAGGCGAGAAAGGUGAAAUCGGUAUGACUGGUCUAAUUGGUCAAACAGGACGUCCCGGACCAAAAGGUGAUAGAGGUUUGACUGGUCUACCAGGACGAGAUGGAGCUCCUGGCCAACCUGGACCACAAGGUCUAGCCGGUGCGGCAUGCACAGCGGCACAAGAUUACCUGACUGGCAUAUUACUUGUUAAACACAGUCAAUCCGAAGAGAUACCACGUUGUCCCAGCGGCCAAGUUGAACUAUGGACCGGUUACUCAAUGUUAUAUGUAGAUGGUAACGAUUAUGCUCACAACCAAGAGCUCGGCUCAGCCGGCUCAUGCGUGCGCCGCUUCUCUACACUGCCAGUGAUGUCAUGUGGUCAGAACAAUAUUUGCAAUUACGCUUCGAGAAACGAUAAAACGUUCUGGCUUUCAACAUCCGCACCUAUACCAAUGAUGCCCAUCAAUAACAAUGAGAUCAGCAAAUACAUAUCGCGUUGCGUGGUCUGCGAGGCACCUGCGAAUGUAAUCGCUGUACAUAGCCAAUCUUUAACCAUUCCUGAUUGUCCCAACGGAUGGGAAAGCCUAUGGAUAGGCUACAGUUUUGUAAUGCACACUGCUGUUGGUAAUGGCGGCGGUGGUCAAGCACUAGCUUCGCCUGGUUCAUGUUUGGAAGAUUUCCGCGCCACCCCAUUCAUCGAAUGUAAUGGCGCUAAGGGUCACUGCCAUUUCUACGAAACCAUGACCAGUUUUUGGUUAGUCACAGUUGAGAACAACGAACAGUUCCAACGCCCCGCAAUGCAAACACUCAAGGCUGGCAAUUUGCUGCAACGAGUAUCUAGAUGUACAGUUUGUAUAAAAAAUUCAACAUAAGCAGCAGUUCUUAAUCUUGUUCUUCCCCAAAAGCUAUAUACCAUUAUAUAACUAAAGUAAAUUUUAUUGAGUAACUUUAUGAAACACUACUCUCAAAAAUCGACAAAAUCAAACGAAAUAUUUUAUCAAAUUUAAAAUAAUCCUAGAACAAAGAAAACCUUACUGGUAACCAAUUGCUAUGAAUUCCUUAAAAUACCUAUAUACCCAGUUAACGAGUACUAGAAAAUGCUCAUCUUCAACAUGACGGUCACAUUGUAGUUUCUAGCGAUAAUAACAUGUAGUCGAAAAGUACUUGCCCAAGUGUUAAUUAUAAUGUUUAUAUAAACAAAAAUGAACACAAAAAAUCUGCCAUUGCCACUAAACUAUGAAGUUUCAAAAGUUUAAAGCUUCUUGUUUUUUAAUUGUAAUAUUAGCAUGUAAAAUAUAAGCGAAUGAAAAAAAUAAACAUAACUAAAUAUGUAAUAUGUGUAGUAGCCAUCUAAUAAACUGUAUAUUUGUAUGAAAAAAAUAAUAAAACGAAACACAAAUAACGAA